AUGUUGAGAGCAGACUUUGAUUCUAAUAAUGGUGUUUUUGAAGUAUGCCACCAUAAGAAUGAGCACAAUCAUCAAUUUAUGAAGCAGGGUUUGACUCACUUAUUCCGUUCUGAGAGAUCGAUAACUGCUGAGAAAUCGAAGGUAAUUGAAAAGAUGUUGUGUUCUGGAAUGAGACCAACUGACUUAUAUAGAUACUUGGCAGAAGAAGCAGGUGGUGAACAUCUUGUUGGUCAUACCAAGAAAGACCACUUGAACCAUGUGAAUAAGAUUAAAAUGAAGGCAAUUGAAGGAGGAGAUGCACAAACAUUAAUUGACAGUUUAAAUCAGCAUGGUGUUGAAGAUGAGGAGUUUUUCUUUAGAGUCAAACUAGAUGAAGAAGGGAGGUUGAGUAAUAUAUUCUGGAGAGAUUCAAUGAUGAAGCAAGAUUUCAUGUUAUUUGGGGAUGUAAUGGUAUUUGACACUACGUAUAGGACCAAUAAGUACAAUCUUAUCUGUGCGCUUUUUGUUGGAGUAAACAACCAUAAGAGAAAUGUCAUGUUUGCUUGUGCUUUCAUCUCAAAUGAGCAAACAAAAACAUUUGAGUGGUUAUUUGAUGUUUUCAAGAAAUCUAUGGAGGGUAGAUGUCCUGUGACAUUGUUUACCGAUCAAGAUAAGGCAAUAUCAAAUGGAAUUGAGAAAGUAUUUCCCCUGACAAGGCAUAGGUUAUGCAUAUGGCAUUUAUACCAGAAUGCACAGAGUCACCUAGGGAGUUUGAAGUCUGAUAAAACCUUCACUAAAAUGUUUCAAAAGUGCAUGACAGGAUGUGCAAAUAGUGAAGAGUUUGAAAUCUGUUGGAAGAACAUGAUUUCAAACUAUAAACUUGAAAAUAUAACUUGGUUCAACAGAUUGUAUGACUUGAAGGAAAAGUGGUGCAAUGCUUACAACAAAGACUUCUUCUCAGCUGGAAUUUUGUCAUCACAAAGAAGUGAGAGCACAAAUAGUACACUUGGCUUCAACGCAAAGAAAACAACAAGUUUGAAUGAUUUUUAUAAAAUAUUCAAGCAAACAGUUGACAGAUGGAGAAGCAAUGAACAAACCGAUGAAUUCAGAUGCAUAAGAGGCAAGCCUAACUCUGUUUUGAAGAUAAGAGGACUUCUACAGCAUGCAUCUGAGGUAUAUACCUUCAACAUUUUCAGAGAUUUUGAAAUUGAAUUCAAGGAGUCUAUAUCUGUCUCUUUUUCAUCUAUAUAUGAAGAUGAGCAAUUCAAAGCAUAUAAUGUCACUGAUGAUGAUGGGAUGAUAGGAUAUACAGUGUCAUUUUCCACAAAAGAAAGUUUCAUUACUUGUUCAUGCAAAAAGUUUGAGGAAUGUGGUAUUCUUUGUCGUCAUUGUUUGAGGAUAUUGCAUAACCAUCCGGUAGAUAAAAUACCAGAAUGUUACAUUAUGAAAAGAUGGACAAAGUUUGCAAAAAAGAAUUUGUGGGAUAAAGGAGGAUUUGAUUCUGUCAACAACAGUAACAAUUUCAUGUGGAGAAAUCAAAUAAUGAGAAAAUCAUACAAUCUUGUUCUAAGAGCACAAGAUAGUGAAGAGUGCAGGGCAGUUAUAGAGAAUGGAUUGAACAGUAUAACAUUGGAUCUUGAAUCAUUGAUGAUUACAACACAAGCUGUGAAUCAAAUGGAAGAUGUUGCAGUAUCCAGUGCUUGUGCUGAUAAUGUAUUGGAUCCUAAUCGUUCUAACACAAAGGGAAGAAGAAAGAGAAUACAAGGUCAUUAUGAUGUUGGAAAGAAGAGUAAUAAGAAAUCUACUGCAUCAAAUUCAAAACAAUCAAAGGAAUUUGGUACAAAGACACCUAACCCCAGAUUAUUUUAG